AUGCUGGGAUGGCUGUUGCUGAGCAUUUCCGCGAUUGAUGGUAUUCUGGGAACAGAAUACCAUCACCUUCUCUCCAUCCACACCACGAUUGAGAAAGUACUUGCGGGGCUGGUGUUCGCCGCUGCUGUGCUGGUGAUCGGAAUCGUCUGCUGCCAGGCCCUAAAGUCUCAAAUGCGGCGUGUGGAAAGGGUCCAGGUGGUGCUGCAGCUACUGCUGGCAAUUCUGUGUAUGGCUUACGUAGUCCUUGCUGCCGUGUUUGGCAUCAUCCCCAUGGUGCCCUUGGGAAUGGCCAUCGUCAUUGCCCCACCCACAGUUGCCCUAACCUCCAUGCUGGAGCAACAGCUUCACAAUCUGGCCAGGGGCCUGAACAUGAAGAAACGAUCCAGCUCUAUGAAAGGUGGUAAAUUCAGUUUUAAAACAUUCAAAGACUGGUUGCAACAGGGGGCCCCAGAGUCCAUGGCCUCGAUGGAUUUAGACGUGAACGAAGAGAUUCUGGAGCAGGGCCUGGCCACUGCUCCCAAUCCGUGGCAGGCCGAGGAUGACGAACUAUGCCCAGAGAUCAGCAUUCCUUGGUUCCAAGUCAGCCCUGCCACCUAUGAGCGCAUGUCCGAUGCUCCGGAGAAGUGCCCGAGCCCCUGCCCCGAAGAUAAUGUUCCCGGCGUCACAGGCUGGAAUCCGAACACCGGAGCCAGCCACGUGGUCGACGCAUUCAUUGGGUUUUCAUCCUCUGCAGGUGCGAUUCCACCCAUGGCAGAGAUGCAAGCAAUGUGGUGGUGUCGCCUGCUGGAAGAUAAGGUCAAGGACAGCUUGGGAACCGCAUGGAGAUACUACAUGUUUGCUUUGGCAAAGGAGAUGGGAGCAGCACCAUCUCUUCGACACUGGCUCUGGCGCGACUGGCGAGUCAUGCUGACCUGUGCCUUUGGCCACCUGGUUGCCAAGCGCACGUGCCUAUUUUCCGUCUUCAAGGACCAUUCCGCAGUGCAGCUUGCCAGGCAUGCUGGCUUUCGCGGGCCGGAACUCAUGGCCGAAGCGGUUGGAUUAGGAGAUCGACGAAUCGACGAACCAAUCAUGGCAGAUCCCGCCGACUGUUGGAAAGAAGCGGAGGAGGCAUCAGACAAACUGAGAGGAUGUAGGAUGAACUCGGAUGAAGAUGCACUGGUUGCGGGGCAUGGUGGAUUUGCUGGUGUUUCUGCUUUGAAAGACUUGUUUCUGACUCGCGCCCUCGGAUCAAGCUUUCCUUUCUAUUUGCUAACUGCGAACAGAAACACCUGUACAGCCUGUACGCCCAAUGCCUUGGAACUUGUGAGGCGAAGAUCUUCGCGAGCCAAAGAUGCUUCUGCAGCGAGGAAAAAGUGCAAACUGUGUUAUGGGAACUGGCGGAAAAUUGCUGCGCUGUGCAUUCGCUCUUCGCAAAGUGCUCCCUCUGUCCCAGGAGACACCUACUGCAACGGUCUGAUUCAGCCUGUGCACAACUGGGCCUAUCCGCCAUACGAUGAGGGCUAUGACGCAUCCAGAGGCUAUAGCCGCAACGAGUGGAAUGAGGGCGACUAUGGCUGUGAUGAGUCUUCCCCUGCAACCUGCGGAAACCUUCCGUUUGUUCUUGGAGGAUCUUGGAACAAGUCCAACAUGAAGCUUUGGGAGGGAUGGCCAGGGCGCAACCGCUUCUGUUGCUUUGGCUCCUUCCUGGUGCCUGGGAAGCUGUGCCCUAGCGUGGCAACUCUGCCAACAAUUCUCACAGUUGUAAUCGUUUUUUGCCUGGCAGAACUGCCACGGCUCUCGGCCUUCUGGAAAAUUCUUGUUGUGGUGACAGCCGGGCUGCUGCUGGUUGGAGUGAUCUUUGGAUUUCUUCAGGCCAUGGCAACAGAGCCGGGGGUACAGGUGAGGCAAUCUAUGCUUCCCGCCCUCACAGUAUCCAAGGAUGGCCGGAAGACAGUGCUGAAGUUAUGCGACAUGUAUGCAUCUGUGAGCAGGCCGCCUGGGCGCCCUUUGGAGCCUUGGCGCCCUGCGGAAUCCGAAGAGCGAAAAAGGGUGCAGUCGAAAUUUGCAGAAGAGAUGAACAAGAAAAUCGACCAGAUGCCGUACUUUGACGAGGACGAUGAGGCCGAUCAGUUCCAGAUGAACAGGAUUGAAUGGUUCUGGUGCUCACUCAUGGAGGAUGAGCGCAUCCAACACUUGAAGAAUUGCACAACCUGCCAGGUCAGGCGUUUGCCGGGGACCUCGCACUGCAAAGUUUGCGACAACUGCGUGCGCGAUUUCGACCACCACUGCUAUUGGAUUGGAAACUGUGUUGGAGCGCGCAAUCAUCGCUCCUUCAUUUGUUUCCUAACAUGCCUGGCAAUGCUGGGAUGGCUGUUGCUGAGCAUUUCCGCGAUUGAUGGUAUUCUGGGAACAGAAUACCAUCACCUUCUCUCCAUCCACACCACGAUUGAGAAAGUACUUGCGGGGCUGGUGUUCGCCGCUGCUGUGCUGGUGAUCGGAAUCGUCUGCUGCCAGGCCCUAAAGUCUCAAAUGCGGCGUGUGGAAAGGGUCCAGGUGGUGCUGCAGCUACUGCUGGCAAUUCUGUGUAUGGCUUACGUAGUCCUUGCUGCCGUGUUUGGCAUCAUCCCCAUGGUGCCCUUGGGAAUGGCCAUCGUCAUUGCCCCACCCACAGUUGCCCUAACCUCCAUGCUGGAGCAACAGCUUCACAAUCUGGCCAGGGGCCUGAACAUGAAGAAACGAUCCAGCUCUAUGAAAGGUGGUAAAUUCAGUUUUAAAACAUUCAAAGACUGGUUGCAACAGGGGGCCCCAGAGUCCAUGGCCUCGAUGGAUUUAGACGUGAACGAAGAGAUUCUGGAGCAGGGCCUGGCCACUGCUCCCAAUCCGUGGCAGGCCGAGGAUGACGAACUAUGCCCAGAGAUCAGCAUUCCUUGGUUCCAAGUCAGCCCUGCCACCUAUGAGCGCAUGUCCGAUGCUCCGGAGAAGUGCCCGAGCCCCUGCCCCGAAGAUAAUGUUCCCGGCGUCACAGGCUGGAAUCCGAACACCGGAGCCAGCCACGUGGUCGACGCAGUUUGA